AUCCCGCUGCCGAACCCAAGCUCCACGCCCUGGAAGUACCGUGGUGGAGUUGCGGUGGGGAAAACCUGCUACUUUGCCCCGUACAACGCGGACGACAUAGGCAUUUUUGAAAUUGAGACCCUGGGAUUUCGUUCCGUGGACAUCGCGAGCGCAAUCUCCACCCAUACGAAGUUCUCGGAUGCCGUUGAGCAAAACGGUGUCGUGUACUUCGUGCCGUUCAAUGCAGACUCUGUGGGCGCUUUCAACAUUGCCACGGAGCAUUUUCAGAUGCUGGAUAUAUCGAAGUCCAUCUCCAGGGACUUUAAGUACUGGGGCGCCGUUGAAGACAAGGGCCUCACCUACUUCGUCCCAGACAAUGCAGACAAUAUCGGUGUGCUUCACGCGGCCUCCAAGUCAUUCGUGACUAUCGACAUAUCAAAGCAGAUCAGCACCGACUUCAA